CACAACUUCCCAGGCACAGCCUUAAUCCAGAAGCACAAUGGGUCCCCUGUGAUAUCUGGCUGGUGUCACUGGCUGGUAACCAAGGAACUGAACUGGAAGAGCCCAGGGACUUCAGACAAAGAUGCUAGGAAAAGUCAGCCCCGCUGGGAGGACCGGAAUGAAGGCAUGAGUCAUAGGGCGGUGUUGGGUCUGGGGUAUACUGGGAGGUGGAAGGGAGAUGGAAGGCUGCAAGUGAGAGGUCACAGUUAAACUGGGGUGGGGGCACUGGCAAUUUUCCUUUCUCACUACAUAAGAGGCCUUCUUACCCCAGUGUGUAUAUGAUGUGCCUUAUAACACUGAGCAGAAAGUUGAUGUCCUGUGUCAUUUCUGUGAGUUGGUGGAUAGAGCAAAAAAGCCCAGGCUUAAGUCCCAGGAUGGUCUCUCCCUAGCUGUAAGCCCAAUGAGAAGUUCCUUUAAUUCUCAAGUUUCAAUUGAGUCAUUUGUAAAAGGGGAAUAAUUAUAUAUUGUCACCAAAUAAAUAAUGUAUGGAAAAAUGCCUUAUGUGUAUAAUAGGGUUCUCUGAAAACGCAGCAUCAUUAAGAAAAACAAUAGAGAUAAAGAUGGGAGCUUCCCUCCCCUUUUCAUACUUCUGAUACUUCUGGAGGUAUCCCUUUGAGAAUGUGCAGGGUGUAGUCUAUUCCCCACCCAUCCCCAAUGACUCUCCCUAAUUCGAACUCCAAAUAAUUUCCCUCACCUUCCAGAUGACACACUUCAUCUACACUGGAGUCAGGAGAACACUGUUCAAUGGAAGAUGUAGUGGACUCAUCCUUCAGCUGGGGGAGAAGGGGAGGGGGAGACACUACACACAUCCCACCUAUCCAGGUCAUGGCUCCCCAGAGAUGGACAAUAAAAAGAAAGAGGAGUCAGGAGUCCAGGUGCAUGGGAUUCAAUAAAUAGGAUGGAUGCUGGGUAAUAAGAAAGUAGUAGUAGAGCAGGAAGGGAUCUUGAGAAAAGUGUGGAAGGGAAAACAGGACUGUACAAAAAGGUCCAGGAAGUGAGGUACAUGGUACAUUAAUAUUACAUAGUACUUAACUAUGGGUGUAAUGAUAAUAUAAAGUUGGAAAAUCUGGAAACAAAACAGAGACUUGGAGAAAUUACGGGAGUAGGAAAGAACAAAAGAUGGGAAUAAAGGACACAGAAACUGGGGGAUCUGGAAAAGGAAGCUAUAUUACUGGGCAGACACCCUGGAAGGGGUGGGACCAGCUACUUCUCUUAUCUCAGACCUUCUCCACCAAUCUCAGGCCCCACCUUCGGCCCCUCCCAGUCAAUUCUGACCCAGUUGGCUGAGAACCUCUUCAUUUGUAGCCCCUCUUCCCCCUGGGGUUAGAUAAACCUCUUCCCCAGAGUCCCUCCUGCCCCAGAGAUAGACAUUUUUUCUCCUUAAACUCUUACAUCAUUGGUUUCCUCCCCUCUGGGGAGAGCCUUUUCUGUAUUUCCACUUCCAUCCCAGAGAGAUUCCCUCUUCUCCAGAGCACCCAAGAUGACCGUCAAACUUGACUUUGAGGAAUGUCUAAAAGACUCCCCCCGAUUCCGGGCUUCCAUUGAAUUGGUGGAAUCAGAUGUAUCAGAAUUGGAGAAUCGUCUGGAGAAGGUGAUCACAGAGUCAGAAGAGAAGAAACUGAGUCAGAGGAAGGGGUUCUGGAUAGAGGAGAGAGAACCUAGGGAAGAAGGGAAGUCAGUGCAACAACUCCUCAAACUUGGUUCUAGCCUGCUGGAGAGUGGGCGCCAUUAUCUUGCGACUUGUCGAGCCUUCAUCAGUGGCAUUCAGGAACUUUCGAACCUGGGUCCCCCAGAGCCAAUGAUGAUUGAGUGCCUGGACAAAUUUACUGAGAGCCUGAGUCACAAAAUCAAUUGCCAUGAAGAUCUCUUGAAUGCUACCCAACAAACACUGAAGCAACAGAUCCAGAGUUUUGUGAAGGAGAGUCUCCGUGGUUUCUGGGAGGCUCGAAGAGAGUUUUGGAAAGGGGCCGAAUCCCUGGAGGCAGCUCUCAGUCACAACGCUGAAGUCCCCCGACGCAAGGCACAUGAGGCAGAAGAAGCAAUGACCACACUGAAGACUGUCAGAGCAGGCUACCAAGGGCGGGCAUUGGACUAUGUGCUGCAGAUCAAUGUGAUCCAGGACAAGAGGAAGUUUGACAUCAUGGAGUUUGUACUUCGAUUGGUAGAAGCUCAGGCAAUAUACUUCCAGUUGGGUCAUGAAGAACUGAAUGGAUUAGCAGUCUACCACAAAGAGCUGGGGGCCCAGUUGCACAAGCUUGUCCUAGAGUCUGCCCGGGAAAAAAGAGACAUGGAACAAAGGCAUGUGUUGCUGAAGGAGCAGGAGCUAAGUGGAGAGGAACCUGAACCAGGCCUGAAGGAAGGACCAGGGGGGCUGGUGAUGGAAGGACACCUCUUCAAAAGGGCUAGUAAUGCCUUCAAAACCUGGAGCAGACGCUGGUUCACUAUUCAAAACAACCAGUUGGUUUAUCAGAAGAGAUAUAAGGAUCCUAUGACUGUGGUUGUGGAUGAUCUUCGACUAUGCACAGUGAAACUCUGCCCUGACUCUGAAAGAAGAUUCUGCUUUGAAGUUGUCUCUCCCAGCAAGUCCUGCCUCCUCCAGGCAGAUUCAGAGCAACUUCUUCAACUUUGGGUCAGUGCUGUGCAAAGCAGCAUCGCUACUGCCUUCAGCCAGGCCCAGGAGGAGAGAGGCACUCUGGACCAGGGCCCCUCUCACUCUCCCUUAGGCUUGGCCUCUACCUUAGCUUGUGGAGGAGCAACCAGGGGGUCAGGCCGAGGGUCCGGUGUAGCAGCCCAGGUACAGAGUGUGAUGGGGAAUGCCCAGUGCUGUGAUUGCCGGGAACCUGCACCAGAAUGGGCAAGCAUCAAUCUGGGUGUGACCCUCUGUAUCCAGUGCUCUGGAAUCCACAGGAGCCUAGGGGUUCAUUUCUCCAAAGUCCGAUCUUUGACUCUUGAUUCCUGGGAGCCUGAACUGGUGAAGUUGAUGUGUGAAUUGGGGAACUCUGUCAUCAACCAGAUCUAUGAAGCUAGGAUACAGGAAAUGUCUGUGAAGAAACCUGGGCCAACCUGUUCCCGGCAGGAGAAAGAAGCAUGGAUUCAUGCCAAAUAUGUGGAGAAGAAAUUUCUGACCAAGCUGCCUGUGGUCAGGGGACGAAAAGUGGGGAGAGGCCACCCACAAGGGCAACCUCCAUUGCCACCCAAACCCCAGCUUCCACCCCGACCAGGGAAAAUGGGGGCCAAACCAGCGCUCACCGCUGGUGAAUUGGGAUGCUUACAUCCAGGGGCCUUGCUAUUCUGGGCAGCUGGGCCACCCCCAUCUCUUCCCACCAUGGCCGAUGCCCUUGCCCAUGGAGCUGAUGUCAAUUGGGUAAAUGGGGCACAGGAAAAUGCAACCCCACUCAUCCAGGCCACAUCUUCGAACUCUCUGCUUGCUUGUGAAUUUCUUCUCCAGAAUGGAGCAAGUGUGAACCAGGCUGACAACAUGGGAAGGAGCCCCCUCCACCACGCCACUAUCCUUGGCUACACUGGCUUGGCCUGUCUGUUCCUAAAGCGAGGGGCAGACCUUAGAGCUCAGGAUUCUGAAGGGAAAGACCCUCUGACUAUUGCCAUGGAGACUACCAAUGCAGAUAUUGUCACUCUGUUACGUUUGGCCAAGAUGAGAGAGGUUGAAGUGGCCCAAGGGCAAGCAGGAGAUGAGACAUAUUUGGACAUUUUCCGAGACUUCUCCCUCAUGGCUUCUGAUGAUCCAGAGAAGUUGAGCCGCCGCAGCCAUGAUCUCCACACACUUUGAACCAGAGAGCUAAACCCUCAAACUCCUCCCUUUGGAAUAAUUCACAUUAAAAUGAUCUCUCAGCUACCAA